GGCGCCGUGCCGUGCUAGCAACAACCGGGUAAUGUGGAGCUGACUUCCCUACAAAACCACCAUAUUAAUAAAAAAAAAAAUUAGACCGCUUCACGCGUUUUGUUCAUAGCUGUACCUGAGCCAACAUGCCUCCGAAGAAACCCGUCCCGCCCACGGGAAAUAAAAAAACUCAGGAGAAGAAAAAGGAAAAGAUCAUUGAGGAUAAGACAUUUGGUUUGAAGAACAAAAAAGGGGCCAAGCAGCAGAAGUACAUCAAGAAUGUUACUCAGCAAGUCAAAUAUGGACAACAAAGUGCCAGACAGAUUGCCCAGGCAGAGGCAGACAAGGCCAAUAAGAAGGCUGAUAAGAAGAAAGAGCUGGAUGAACUCAAUGAGCUUUUUAAACCUGUAGUUGCUGCUCAGAAAGUCAGCAAAGGCGUUGAUCCAAAGUCAGUGCUGUGUGCGUUCUUUAAGCAGGGCCAGUGUACUAAAGGAGACAAGUGCAAGUUCAGCCAUGAUCUAUCCAUGGAGAGGAAAUGUGAGAAGAAGAGCGUCUAUGUGGAUGAAAGAGAUGAAGACCUGGAGAAAGACACUAUGGAGAACUGGGAUGAGAAGAAACUAGAGGAAGUCGUCAACAAAAAACACGGAGAGGCUGAGAAGAAGAAAGCCAAAACACAAAUUGUGUGUAAGUACUUCUUGGAGGCCAUAGAGAACAACAAGUACGGCUGGUUCUGGGUAUGCCCAGCAGGGGGCGACAGUUGCAUGUACCGGCAUGCUCUGCCUCCCGGUUUUGUACUGAAAAAAGACAAAAAGAAGGAGGAGAUCGAGGAAGAGAUCUCGUUGGAGGAACUGAUAGAGAGCGAGCGUGCGGCUCUGGGUUCAAACGUCACUCGGAUCACUCUGGAGACUUUCCUGGCUUGGAAGAAAAGGAAAAGGCAGGAGAAGGUGGACAAAGCAAGGGAGGAGAUGGAGAAGAAGAAAGCUGACUUUAAGGCUGGCAAAUCGCUAGUGAUAAGCGGCCGUGAGGUGUUCGAGUUCCGGCCAGAGCUGGUCGAUGAUGACGACGCUGAAGCCGACGACACUAGAUACGCCAAUGAAGAGGAUGAAGAUGAGGAGGAAGAGAUUGAUACUACAGACAUCCAGGACAUAGACUUAUCCCGUUUUGUUCCACAAGAGGUCGAUAACACAGGCAUUACUGUAGCAUCCACGGACCGGUUCACCUCUAGGAAUAAGACGGAGAUGACGCUAUCAGACAACGAGGAACAGCUCAAUGGAGCCUGUGGCGGCGCCGAUGCCAACGGGCUUUCGGGGGCAGAGGGAGGCGGGGAGGAUGGAGGAGGGGAGGAUGAAGAAGAAGAGGAGGAGGAGGAGGAGGAGGAGGAGGAAGUACCGGUUGAUGAAAACCUGUUCACAGGAGAAGAUCUGGAGGAGCUCGAUGAGGAACUCAACACACUGGUGCUGGAAGACUGAGGAUGAGGAGGGGGGGGCAGGAGGUAGAAGUCAGGAUGGACUAAGCGACAAAGGGAUGGACUGAUGGAUGCAUGGAGCUAAACAUCAAAGAGACCAGACGUUUGAAUGAUUUUAAGUUUCAGAGACUCGAGUAAUAAAGCCUGAUUAUAUCAUGACAUCACUGCCUGUCUCUGCCCUCUCUGUUUUCACCUCGCAUCAUUCAGUCCUCUGGGUGUCCAAAUUUCCACAGCAGGGCCAACUUCACGUCUCCACUGAAGGACAACUCGACUGUGGUUGUGCACUUUUUGUUGCUCGACAAACUUGCUGGCAUACACUGACAUUUUUGAUAAAUUAGGCCUCAAAUGUUUCUCUCCUUGAUCAGUGAAAUAUUGAGUAUAUUGAUUUGAGGAGUGUAUUGGAUUUAAAAUGAAAGAGCUGUACCUGUUAGACUGUGUUAUGAAGACAGACUUCAGCGGCUCAGAUCAUUUUUCAGAGCCGAGUUACACAAAUUGGAAGGUGAACAGAAGCAAUUCAGCUGCUCUCAUGCCAAAAAGCUUUAGUUUGAAGAUGCACUUUCAUUAAGUAGAGAUUGUUUUCCCUUCAACAGAUCCAUUAUUUCUUUUAGCUGAAGUCUCAGCUCUGCUGAAAAAUCUAUUUUGUUUCUUGUAUAAUUUUUCGAAGGAAAAGUCCAGACCUAGCUUCUUAAAUGUCAGACCCCCGAUCUAUGAAACCGGCUGUGUGCCCAGUGCCAGCCUGGUAUUGUAAAUAAUGUUCUCAUGAGUUGCCUCCUAAUUAAAUAAAAUUGCUGUACAUCCA